AUGCCCGAGGACUUGACGUAUGUUCAUGGACACGACGGUAUGUGCCAUAAGAUCCUUCUGUGGUCAGUCUGUCAGAGCGAGACCGCUCUGCAAUCACUCAACUGUGGGGACUACAGGGACUGUCGAGGACUACAGGGACUGUCCGGGACUACAGGGACUGUCCGGGGACUACAGGGACUGUCCGGGGACUACAGGGACUGUCCGGGGACUACAGGGACUGUCAGGGGACUACAGGGACGGGCAGGGGACUACAGGGACUACAGGGACUGGCAGGGGACUACAGGGACGGGCAGGGGACUACAGCCCCACAUCCCCCUCUUGUUACCCUCCUGCUACCCUCAUAAUGGGAGUGUUUGGGGCAGAGGUUUUGCAGAGGACACACAGGAGGAGGUGGACCACAUCUGGAUCACACAUCAGGCCCCGCUGUCCUCAGGGGCCGGAACUGCGCCUGCAAAUGAACCCUGGACUCAGGAGGCCAAAGACCAGGGACCAACCCAAAAGAUGUUCUGGAACAAAGGACCCUCAGUUCUGGAUGCACCCCUGGGUGUCAUCAGGGUGUCAUCACUACAUCCUCCAUGA